AUGGGGAAGAUAGAGAGCAAACAACCAGCCCCGGACAUUCCCAAGAUAAUCUCAACCUGGUGGGAGAGGCUACAGAAGAAGCCACCAGCUCCAACCAUGACCAUUCCAAACAUGAACUUUAACUUCCCAACCCUGUGGGGAAGGAGAGAGAGCAAGCUACCAGACCCAGACAUACCCAGUAUAUUCUCCACUCUGUGGAGAACCCCCCAAAACCCCAACGAUUUUGUCCCUCUAUUCAACGACUGUGUGGGGAUAGCUGCAGCUCGGACCCAGGAGUACCUCCUGUUCCUGGACCCAGAGGACAAGUUCCAGCCUAGCCCGGCAGCCCUCAAUGACAUCUUUCUAAUGACCUACAUCACCCAGAGCAGCCACCUCCACAUGACCGACUCCUUCAACUGCACCACCAUGACCAAGCAGCAGCGCAUCCUCCUGGGUGCUGACUGGGUGUGGGCUGUGCUGGAGAGGCCCACCAAGAACCCCCGCAUCCAGAUCGCCGUGCAGAUCCUGCACCUGCCCGAGAGGGAGGGAGGGCCAGCCGAGGACAUCCCCCCGGAGGUGUACACUGAAUCCAUGCAGAUGGCCAAGAUGGAGUCUGCUCAUAAGAACAAGGCAGAGAGGAUGGUGGAUUUCUGUGCCUCCAUCGGUAAUGACUGCUACGCCCUCUUUCUCCUCUUUGGCCGCAAGGGCGACCCGGGCAACAUCUACGGGGUGCUGAGCAACAACUUUCAUGCUGCUAUAGGGAAGACUAAGAUCAACCGUGCACUCAUUGAGAAUUUCUUUAAAGGGUCCAGGUACUUACACACGCCCACUGGAAUGCUACAGGCUAUUGUCACCAAGAGAGAUUCUGACCCUUUAACUUUGCUCAUCAAGUUUACCUGACCAGUGUGAUCGAUGACAGAGCAGCCAUAUGGGACCUUUCAGAUGACUCUGCUUACUGUAGUGUUUCACAUGGGAGGAUGGACUGUUGUGGUUGGUGGGUUUAUGCUUGCCUGGGACUUGGGGACCCUGUGUGCUGAAAAUGGCCUGUGUCCAUGUCUCAUUUGUGGACUACUGACCCAUGCCUGCUGACAGCUGCUCACACCCCUGUGGUUAGUAUUUCUGUUAGAGCCCUAUUCAAUCAGAUCCGCUUUAGCCGACAACCGCAUAGCGGUUCUUUUGGCAGUGUCGGAGAUGAAACUGCGUUAGAGCUGUCAAAUCCAAAAGCGUCUCCUGACAUUAUACCUAAAGCGGACAUUGCUAUUGGCUGCACAGUGUCACAUUAAGAGAAAUACCAUGAAGCCUUGUUUACAAGUUGGAACACUGGAAUGUGAGAUGGAAUCUACACCUCCGUUAAGAUGAUAGAAACCCUCAUUAUUUAGUUGAUUUUUUCAAUUUUCAAUUUGAGCGUCAUUAUUUCUAUGUAGCCUACACUUUCUCCUUCUGAACUUCUAACGGAAGUGGGACUGGUGUGGCUUUGUGACAAAGAUCAAGAGCAGCUGCUCAAUGAUUUGACAGCUCCAAUGCAGUUCCACCUCCGACACAGCCAAAACAUCAGCUAUGCAGGUGUCGGUUAUUGCCAGUUAACGCAUGAUCUGAUUGAAUCUAGGCCUUAAUGGACUUAACACUUCACUGGCAUUGCACUUAGGUAGUUUGUGUGAAUUUCCACAUAUCUGCUAUCACUACUCAUUGACAUUAACACCUCUGUACAGCUUAUGUUGACAUGGAAACUAUGAUUUGCCACAAAAUAUUUUUGUAUUUUCUAGGAUGGACUUAAUGACUGAACACAUUGUGAUAGCUUCACCCAAAACCUAAUUCUAAGUUCAUUUGAUUAAGGCGGAUUGUUCUCUAAAAGUUGAGUCAAAGUAGGAAAUAACAGGAUGGGGAGUUCAAAAAUAAAUGAAAUGUAUAUUU